CGCGAUCGUGGCGAGCGUACGCGUAUCUCGUGCGUGCCGUGUAUAUAUCGCGCGCGCGCGUUCGAAUACACGGUUCGAAUUCCAUUCCGAACUCUUCGCGGGCGAAAGAAACGUACGAGGGUGCGAGCGACCGCGCGAAAUUGCAACGACGAAAUUCCGUGCCGCUCCCUUCGUCAUCCGGGAUUGCUGUUGGACGAUUGCUCCGAAAAAGAGAUCUGGAGUCUCCGGCUUCCAGGAUUUACGAGGAGAGAGGACGAACGCGAGAGCGGGGAUUGCGAGGAUCCGCGAGCGGACGUCGAGUGAAACAGGUGAUUCCGUGAUUCGUACGAAGAAGCACUUUUCGCCGAAGAAAUUUAACCGCAGCCGGACUCGACCUCUCUCUUGCGGUGAUCGAGAGAGAGAGAGAACGGACCGCAAGUGAUAUGAGUGCUGAACGCAGGAUCCUUCGUGACGGCGUUAAACGUCGAUCGAGUCGCGAGAGAUACCAAGGAAAUACCAUCGAGUGAUCGGCACGCGAGGAAGACCGGAUAUCGCGCGGGGAGGGGGACGGGUCGAAGCCGAGAUAGAAGGACGAGAGGGAACGUAAUAGCCAGUGGUGUUUUUUCCUCUCUUUGGUUGCGUGCGAAGGGGGAAAGCGGACCCUGUCUACGCGUGCGGCGAGAUACGAGAAAAGCGAAGACGAGCUGGAGAACGACCGGGUGGAAAUAGCCUCGAGGCGGGAAGGAAGGUGAAAAAGAUGAUGCGGUGCCAUCCGAUCAUUCUCCUCGCCGGCCUGCUCACCGUCGUCCGUGCUCAAGGGGUCCCGCGAACAUUUUCGGCUAGGCCUUACCGAGGAGGGCCGCCACAGUCCGUAAGAGCGGUCCUCGGUGGAACGGCCGAGCUACCGUGUAUUAUUCGUCCACCUCAUCAGAACGAUUCCGCUAUCUUGGUCGUCUGGUACAAGAGUGACGUUAUCCCGAUCUACAGUUACGAUUUACGUGGCAAGCACUCGGACAAAGCAUCGCAUUGGCAAGAUAAAGAAUACCUCAACGAUCGGGCGUUCUUUAGGACAACAACGGAUCCAGCUACUUUGAGCGUUAAUCACAUACAGGAACAGGACGAAGGCGAAUUCAGGUGCCGAGUGGACUUUACUACAAGUCCGACUAGAAACUCCAGAAUUCAACUGACAGUGAUAGUGCCACCGCAGAAGCCGAAUAUUAUCGACGAACGCGGAGAUCCCAUCAAAGACGUCGCCGGACCUUACGAAGAAGGUGGUCAAAUGGAACUACAUUGCUACGUCUUUGGGGGUCGCCCACAGCCUAAAGUGAGAUGGUGGCGUGGAGAGACGCUUUUGGACUCUAAGGACGAGUCAGGUGAUUCCCAUGAUGUUCGUAAGAACACACUUCUCGUCAGCGAAUUGUCAAGAGCGGAUCUACACGCGACGUUCGAGUGUCAAGCAUCCAACAACAACAUCAGUCAGCCUGUGUCGAUGUCGAUAGCGAUUGAGAUGCAUCUGAGGCCCUUGAGCGUGACGAUACUCAGCAGCGAACACGCGCCCCUAAGCGCGAAUCGGAAGUACGACAUCAACUGCAUGACAGUCGGUUCAAGGCCGCCGGCCGAGCUGUCUUGGUACAUGGAUGGCAAGAGGCUCGACAAUCAAACGAACAAGGUUUCGCAGGAUGGUAACAUGACGACUUCCAUCUUAACAUUUCAGCCCACUCUAUUAGAUCAUGAUAAAGUUAUCACGUGCAGGGCUGAAAAUCCUAAACUCACCCGCGGUAUAGCAGAGGAUACAUGGAAACUGAAUGUUUUUUUUGUUCCGAUCUUGCAUCUGCAGCUCGGCAAGAAUAUGAAUCCAGAUGACAUCGAAGAAGGCGAUGACGUAUACUUUGAGUGCAAUGUUCGUGCGAAUCCGGGUGCCUAUAAAGUCGUAUGGAAACAUAACGGAAACGUGAUUCAGAAUAACGCGAAGAACGGCGUUAUAGUCCAGCAAUACGGUUUGGCUCUCCAAGAUGUGAAUCGGUCCCUGGCCGGAAAUUACACCUGCGUUGCCAGCAACGUCGAAGGCGAUGGCUACAGCAAUAUCGUGGAACUUAAGAUCAUGUACAAACCGAUCUGCGUGCCGGAUCAGAAGAGAAUCUACGGGGUGGCGAGACACGAGGACGCUCGCGUGAUAUGCAGGGUCGAGGCGUUUCCGCCGCCGGAGAGCUUUCGUUGGGCCUUCAACAAUACCGAGGAGAUGGUCGACGUGCCCCAAGCGCGUUACAAGAAUUCGACCAGACAUACCCAGAGCGUCCUCACAUACCGGCCGGUCACGGAAAUGGACUACGGCACCGUGUUGUGCUGGGCGAGCAACACAGCCGGUCAGCAGAAGAAUGCCUGCAUAUUUCACAUCAUUCCUGCGGGCAAACCGGAAGCUCCAUACAACUGCACGCUGACCAACCAGACCACCGAAUCACUCUCGGUGGAAUGCACCGCUGGUUUUGACGGUGGUCAGCCUCAACACUUCCUCCUUGAAGUGUUCGAUCAGCACACGAGAGUUCUGCAGGCCAACGUCACGUCCAGAGAUAAUGCGGCUUUCACCGUACAGGGCUUAGAACCGGGCAAGGUUCUGAAUAUGAUUCUGUACGCGGUGAACGCGAAAGGAAGAAGCGAACCCACUCUACUGGAAGGUUUUACGCUCAAAGUCGCCGAGAAGCAAACUGUACGCGUCUUGUUCACAGGUACUCCGGUACCCUUCGAGUUCACCCCGUUACUCGGGGGUCUGAUCGGUGUGGUCACUGCACUUUUGCUCGUCACCGCCACCAUUUUAGCCGCGUUGAAGGUGAGGAGCGAGAGGCGAGCACAAAGGCCAGGCGAUUUACCUCUAAAGAAGGCCACCGCGCCAAGUUCCGAGGACCUUUACGACGCGGAUGACAGAAAUCCGGACGUUGUACCGACCAACAAAGAUUCAGAUUAUCAGCUGACCGGCUCGACUUCCGGCACGCCGCUGGCAACGCAAAACACACCGGAUGGUCUUCCACCGUCGUCCCUUCCGGCCCAGCAGACGAAUAAUCACCUCCAAGGACUUCCCGCCUACUCGCAUAACGACUACAGCAAUUAUCCGACCUUGCCGCUAUCCGGCGAGGUAACAUACGCCGAGCUAUGUCUGGCGAGGCCCACCACCCUGUCAACCCUGGCGACCGACGCAAAACUGGCCAGCCUCGGCGGAGUCGGCGGCCUGGGCGGUCUUCCGGGUUACGGUAGCGGUCUCGGGGUGAUCGUAGGUGGCAAACCGUACACGAAGGAAGCCACCGUCUACGCGUGCAUCGAUCACAAUGCCAGGCCGCCUAAGGUGGACGUCUCGAACGCGCCGUCGUGCGCGACCACUCCCAUAACGACGGCGAACGUGCUCCAGGACUCGACCGUCUCCACCGUGAUGAGCGGCAAGCAGCAUCACCCGACGAGGGAGGUCGUCACCGUCCGCACGCCUCUCAUCUCGACCCAGGAGAGCUGCGUAUAGGGACGCGAUUCCGACGCGCUCAACGUCAACGAGUACUACGUCUGAUAUGGCCGCCGACUCGUGACGAUCGUGCGCGUCCUCGUGGCCGACCUUUCGAUUCCUUACAAUUUUGCGCGGCACUCUCUUUCAAGUAAAAAAAAAAAAAAACGUCCUCGAAUUCUCGGGAAAAGGUAUCUCUCUAUGCGAAUGUGAAUUGAGUUUCGUUUCCGGCUGCGACGCCAACGCCGUGUUUGAAAUGGAUAAACUUUGGAUCGUGACGAACGACGGAUCGUACAACGAUGAUCGGACUACCUAGUAUAUAUUUUAGUAAAGGAUUCGCAUGAACAUGCAUCGAGGAUCGCGUAAUGAGAGAAAGCCAGAUGCAAUCUUCGAAUGCAAUCUAUCCGCGCGACUUGCAAUCCUAUAUCGAGAUAACGAAUCGAACAUAUACAAGACUGCUCAAAUAAUUUUUAUGAAUAUAUUAUAUCGCAAAAUUCUAAUAUCGGGUUUAAUAACUGAUUCUUUCGACAGAUACCACGUAUAUUAUACAAAAUUUAUGGAAAAUUAUUGGAAUAAUUACUAUUCAAUUUCUAGAGAGAACUAGUAUUUAUCUUCGAUGAGAAUUAAAAAGAUGAUGUACAAAAAAAAUUCAUAUUAUAGAAGAAUAUAUAAAGAUAAAAGACGGUAUUCCCUAAAACGCCUUCGAUCGAGAACGUCGCACGGCGACGAAACGCAAUUUAUUCACAAGAGAAUCGUCAUCCUUAUAUGAUCGUUUUGAUUUCGGAAAAUACCGGUGUCGAAAAAUCUAUGAAACCAUGGGAAAUUCCGUCGGUUGACCGAAAAGCCGAUGAAGUGGAGAGAAACAUGUCGAAAAAUCUAGAUUUCCACAUUUCGCGGGAUGUUCGUAUCGCGAGAGAAGCGAAUGUACCUACGUCUCGCGACGGCGAAUGUAAAUUUUCUAUCUCAAGGGUAUACUUUGUAUUACAAAGUAGGUAUGGGAAUAAAGAAGAUCGUGGCGCGUUGAGUGUAUUUUCGUAAAAUGGCGCGUCUUUAUCGAUAUGCUCCCUUUCUCCUUCUCUCUCGGAGCACUGUGCAUCGUGUCGAUUACGUCGCGACGAUAAAUUUGGAAAAAGAUCCGCGCCGGGGGAGAGGAUCGAUCCAUUCCGCGAAAUCUUUAAAAAAUAUUUCCGCAUAGAACAAGUGGGUGCCGCAUAGAACAGUGACGUUACAAGAAAUUCGACGUGAAAAUUUUCUCAAUGUCGGACACAUCGUUCUCCUAUUGCCGUUACCAUGAAUUUUCCAGUUCUAAAAAUACUCGCAAUUUUAUGGGCUAUCCAAUUUCCGAUCGCAUCGGUCGAUCCCGUAGAUAAAUUCAUGCUGGGCCAAUAAAACUUUGUUUCCUCGCGCAGUAUCAAUUUAAUUAACAAGAAAGUAAUUGAAUGAUUAAUCAGUCAAAUUAUGCAGUUGUUCGACGGUUGAUCGAUUCUCCCGAAAAAGAAGCACAUAAUUACUAAUAAUUUACGUGACAUGUCACAGUCAACAUUUUAAAUGUGUCACGUAAACGUGUGCUAAUUAAUUGAAUCUCACUGUUUAUAUCGACAUUUAUUCUGAAUUAUUUACAGUAUGCCGCACACCACGGAAACUUGCAAGGUAAGAAUAAAAUUGCUGACUAUAAAAUAAGCGGAACUAUCGAUUCUCUUUUCUCGCGCGCGGUCCGAAACCGUUCGGAAAUGAUUCGCUUUAUCUUUUCAUCAUUCUAGCCUAUUUACACGAAUUUUCUCUUAUCUAAACGCGGGAUGUGCGAACGGUGAGUAAUAUUCGUGUGGAAAUUUUGCAAAAGUCACAUUUUCACAAUAACUCGAGAAAGGAUUUUUCUCUUCGUAAUGACCUGACACUUAUUUCAAGUAAGAUGUUGUAAAUAAUAACUUUUCCUCGAGGACGAGGACACGGAAUAUAAAUUUAGAUUAAUUAUCGAAAUUAUAUCGUGUGCGUUGAUAAAGAGCCUACCUGCGCUCCGAAAAUAUGUAUAUUAAUUCUAAUUAACAAAACGUACCUUGUACACUGCGCAUCGUUCAAUCAGCGACGCGAGUAUCCAUGCAUUAUUUGUAAUUCCAUUCAUUUCGAACGGAUGAUAUUUUGCGACGGGAUCGUCAUUUUCGUGAAUAAAGAGACAAUAACGUUGCAGGACUGUUGGAUUAUAUAAAAGUGGCCCGUGAACGGUCAAUUACAUUGCGCUAUAUUUUUUCGAACUUAAUUGAGUUUAUUUAAGCUUCCUAUCGAGAAUACUUCAUUAUUAUACAAUUUUUAUAUUCUCCGAAAAAACAAAAUAAACUUACUUGUGUAUACGAUCACGUAUAUAGAGACUGGUUAUUGAAAUUUAAAGAACACUGGUAUCAUAAAGUGAUGAAGAUAUACAGCAGUCAAAGAAAUAAAAAUAAAAUGAAAUAAUUAGUGAUCUAUAUGCAUGGAUUCUUAAUAUAAAAUCUGUAUUUAUCAAGUCGCGCGAUAACGAACGCGAUGUAAUUCAUCGUUUAGCGGCCGAUUAUAUUUUCACUUCGCGUCGAUCCCUUUUAAAAAAAAAACGUAACAAUACUGCCAUGAUGUGUGCAUUAUUUUACGACGAAAUCUUAUGGACAGACCUGUGUCCUGUAUAGGACUGCCAAACGCGCACAACUGCCAUGUCGCAUUCGUUUUCAUUAAGUUUAUCGUCGAAAAUAACAAAGAGCAAUCGAGAGGAACAUACUUUUCGCGCGUCGCCGUACGUUGUGCACCGUACAAAUGUACACGCGUGUACAUCUUACAGAGUAUAUAUAUAUAUACACAUAUAUAUAUACUUAUAUUGGUCCUCAUCGUCGCACGCAGCGAAGACGGGAGUUGUAAAUAACUUGUACAUAAGGACACAUCGAGAAAAGAGAGACUUUAUUCGCGAGAGAUGCUCGAGGUUAAACCCCCUACGUCUUCUUUGAGGGACGACACACAUAACAGGCACACGAAGGAUCGUUAUCGACGGAUCCGUUAACGAUAUUACAGAGAAAUACGUACGUUUCCAAGGGAAAUUGUAUCGAGCGGAUAUUGUGUCUUGCCGGUCCACGAGAAAGGAAAGAAACGACGAUUCUCUAACGCGCGCAAAUCUGGUUUUUCUUUCUUGCUUUAAAAAAAAAAAGUCAUAAUUUUUAUUCGAUAACAAUUUAUAUUCAGUUUCGUGUUUCUUAUAUAAUUCGAAUGUUUUUUUGUUACUUUUAUUCCUUCUCGUGGCCAACCGAUAUUAAACGUAAAAUCCGUUAUCGAUCGUCGUCGUCGUCGUCGUCGGCUGAACACGAAGAAAGUCGACGUGACGAGCGUUCCUUCGUGCGUACAUACGCCCCUUCGUAAUUUGUAAGAUAUAUGCUCCGAUGUACAGCGCCGAGAUAUUUUUUCAGAGUGUGCGUAAUACAAUACCUCCGCGUAUAUCGUCAAGUCUUGGGCACCCGCAAUUAGGCGAGGCCCGUUUAAAGAGCGGGCGGGACUGUAUAAUUAAACGAUCGGAUUGCGAUUAAUGGUCAGACAAAGAACUAAAGAUAUAUGUAUAUGUACGUAUGGGCAUGUGUGCGUGUGUGUGUACAUAUGUGAAUCUAUGUGACCAUACGAUUCUGCAAAGUCAAGGAUUAAGAAUAAUAAGAAAAGAAAUGUGUGAAUAUGUGUGUGUGCGCUAUUUCACAAUUUUCUCACGUGACUUAUUAUAGUAAAAUUUAUCAUAUCGUUAUCAAAAAUUUACGUAUUAAUUCUUCCACGCUUAAUUUGAAUCCCGAACAUUUUUUUUUACUAAUCAGCAGAUAUAAAACCGUAUGCUAUAUUAAUAUUACAAUAUAAAUUUAAAUAUAUUUUUUUAGAUAUUAAACUUGCGCUCUACUUUUCAUUGUAGUUAGAAUAUCGCAGUUAUUUCAUAAUAAAGAAUUUUUUCAAGAAUUCAAGAAUGAAAGGGUUGAGACGAGACGAUUCUUUUUCAUUUUCUAUCCGGUGCUCGAACGAGGUCGAAGGUGGACGGAGAAAAGAAAAUUAUACUUCGAGUGCUCCAAUUAAAUCUCCGUAAGAUCGAUUCUUCUCCUGACUCAAAAGGUAUCUAACUAUGCUGCUUAACUAUUCUUUUUUAUAUCCUGUUCUGGUGCAUUAUACUAUUCGAUAUUAUAUGAAUAUAUAUAUAUAUAUAUAUAUAUUUUCUUUUACAAUUUCGAUAAUAUGAUUUUCUUACUUAUACAUUUCUUUCCAGGAAAAUUCCUGCGCACAAUCAAGACUAAAAAUACUUUACUUAAAUGUAUAAGUUAAAAUCCUUUCUAUUGUUUCCGAAAGAGAUAAAAAUUCAAGAGAUAUCGCUCUUCUAAAACAACUUGAAUAAAAAAAACUGUUUCGACAUUUGAUCAACACAACCCGUGCUUCGAUUCGAUGACGUCAUAACGCGUUGCACGCGUACAAUAGUCCGCAGUGCAAUAGCACUGCAGUGUAGAUCCACCCGAUACGUACACCGGAUGUAUCUGUACACAUACACAAAAGUUCGAUUGGCGGAGUCCUUCCGGUUUCGCAGGUACUUUAAGCACGCGCUCCGUUAACGAUCGCACGCGCCGGUUUCUCCACCCCUUCGUAAAUUCUCGCUUCUCGCAUGCUACAAUACAUUCCACGUUUCCUGUCAAAUACCGCGGGCACAUUUCGCCGCCGCAAAAUUUUCGACGGUGAUAAAGAACCGCAGAAUUUCGUACGUCGCGACCCAAUUUCGUAUUCUCGCACGGAAUGAACUGUAAGCCAAUAAUAAGCGUCAUCAUAUGAUUCGCGUGCUUUCGACUAGCUGCAAAGCUUAAUAAAGUCGCAUGUCAUUGCACAUGACCGCGAUUCAGAUUACUUUUGGACAGAUUAGAACAUCACCGUAUAUGUGAUAAUAAUUACAUUUGACAAAAUUGGAAUAAAUAAAAAAGGAAACUGAAUUGACAAUUCAUUAUUCAAGUAUCACAAGAUUGACAUUUCCGAGGAUAUAUCGAGAUAUUGCGAUUCAAAUACCAGAUAUAUUUUUAUCUAAAAAUUGAAUGAUUAAUUUACUUUGAUUUCUUCUAUUUUAUCAUGUAACGACAUAGAGAAGAUAUUGUCCUCGUUCCAUGACACUUUGACAUAUUAAGACAUAUAUUGCGUUAAUGAUAAUAAUUACAUUUGACAAAAUCGGUAUAAAUAAAAAAGGAAACUGAAUUGACAAUUCAUUAUUCAAGUAUCACAAGAUUGAAUUUCCGAGGAUAUAUCGAGAUAUUGCGAUUCAAAUACCAGACAUAUUUUUAUCUAAAAACUGAAUGAUUAAUUUACUUUGAUUUCUUCUAUUUUAUCAUGUAACGACAUAGAGAAGAUAUUAUCCUCGUUCCAUGACACUUUGACAUAUUAAGACAUACAUUGCGUUAAUGAGUCGACGUGAAUGAGUUGUCCAAAUCUUUUGUUCCGCUUUGAUCAAAGUAACGCGAAAAACGUAGACCAUUCGCACGAAAUUCCGAAGAACCGGCCGUUAGUAUGGAACAAAUGCGUUCUAUUUGUUUCACCGCAGCCUCCGAAGUAGCAAAGUUGCGCUUUGUACGUCGUGUCUGCAUUGCGGCGUACGUUGCAUCCGCGGCUAGGGAAAACCUCGAGGGCCAAAGCGGGCCGUGCUAGUUUCAAAAGAAAUCCUCCCUCUCUCUCUCUCUCUCUCUCUCUCACCCUAUGCGAAAUCUCUAUACACCGGAAUCUGAAAGUCAAUUCUUCCCUCCGUGACGUGGGAAAUCUAUUAGCGUCCGUGCGGAAGCGUCAAAAGCCCUAAUAAAGCUCUCAAACGUCCCUUUUUUGUAACGGAAUAUUCAUUUACCCGCCGCGAUAACCGCGCUGCAUCAAUUCCGGACUUCCCGGAAUCCGUAAUACAUCCCUUCUGCCUCUCCUCUUCCCCUCCUACAGUACAGAUAUUCCGGUGCAUUCUCUUGAAUAUCUAUCGGAUAUCGAAGUGUAUCAUGACAAUGUCCGAAUUUCCGUAUAUAUAGAGAACGAACAUUAAUUGCUCAUUAUAUUAUUAUAUCUCACAUACGAGGAUGAAAAAUUCGAGCACGUUCGAGCGCGUUUCAUGCUGACUUUCGUUCGUUCAUUUCAAAUGGUUUUCGCGAAUCCGAUACCGUUUCCAUUUUAUUAUUACGUUUACGUUACGUUGCAAGAUUAUUUUUCUAAUUAUCGAACGAAUAAUCGAAGAGUAGAAAAGACAUAUCGAGUACAAAAAAGAAUUGGACAGCUUUAAGACGCUAAAUUGAUUAACAGUUUUCUUGUGCAAACUCGGUAUUUGAAAUGUUUUUUCAUUAAAUGUUAUUUUUUACCGCUUAACCGUAGUAUUUUUUCGCCUUCCACUCUUUAUUGACAUAACUGCGUUUCUUUCCAAAUGCGAAUAACGUGAGUCGAGUGACAAGAAGUCUGACGAAUCGCGCGUGUAUGUUUGAAUUGUACAUAAUCUUCUGACCGAGUACGUGUGCGUGCGCUCGUUUGUACAUUCUUCUGUAAAAUCAUGGUUUGCGUGUGAGCGGUGCGAAUGUUGCGUGAGAUUUCACCUGAUGAGCCUGACGAGAGAAACGCGAGCGUGUCAAAUAUUGAAAUUGCGAUGACCAUACUACGUGUAUCUACAAUAAUUAUAGAUCUCUCUCUAUAAUAUAUACACACCUCAACGUAAUCAGAAUAAACGUGUUGAUAUGAAAAACGA